AUGACAUCAAACAUUGCCGCCAAAUCCAAGCCUAUCCCGCCCGGAAUAUAUUGUCCCGUUAUCUCAUUAUACAAGCCAACCCCGCGGCAGGAAAUUGAUUACGAUGCAUCAUACAAAUUCUUCUCGCAUUUGAUUCGCAGCGGAAUUGAUGGGCUUGUGUUGGCCGGUACCACGGCAGAGGCUGUUCUCCUCUCUGCCGAGGAGCGAAAGGAACUUGUCACGGUCACGCGGAAAGCUGCAGUUGACUCUGGUCGCCCUCAUUUCCCUGUUGUUGCGGGGAUCAGUGGACAGUCAACAGUGGAGUCAAUUCGACUGGCCGAGGAUGCUUUGAGCGCAGGUGCAGAUUUUGGACUGUUACUACCCCCGAGCUAUUGGGCUAAGGCUGUUACAAAGGAAGCCAUCCUCGGCUUCUAUCACGAUGUUGCUGAUGCAACUGCUCUCCCAAUCGUUAUCUAUAGCUUUCCGGCGAUGUGCAACGGCAUAGACCUGAACUCUGAUACCCUGUCCGAACUCGCGCAACACCCAAACAUCGUCGGCGUCAAGCUCACCUGUGGCAAUGCAGGCAAGGUCACCAGGCUUACACAAGAAUAUACGCAUGGUCAGUUUGGAGUUUUUGCCGGUUCUUCGGACUGGUUGCUCCCUUGUCUUGCUGGCAACGGAGGCGGAUGUGUGACUGGUAUUGCGAAUGUCUUCCCUAAAUGCGUGGCCAGACUAUAUGCGCUCUGGAACGAGGACAAAAUAAAGGAAGCGAAAGAGCUGCAAGGACUUGUCGCCCAAGCAGAAAAGGCAUGCAAAGAAGGGAUCGCCCCUACGAAAUAUGCGACUGGCCACUUUGCUGGCCCAAGUGCUGGCGUGACUGAGCUAAAGGCUUUUUGGCCUCGGAAGCCAUAUCUCCCUUGUGACCCUCAGAAAGCAGUCUGGGUGGAGAAUGUUAUGCAGCACUUGGUCAAGCUGGAGCAGAGCCUCCCCGAUGUUGUUUAA